CCCUCCCACUCUGAAGUGGUACUGAACUCAAACCGAGCCUAAGUUAAGUGAGCUGACACAUGCAAUGGAAAAUCGCCAUUAGGUACCAAAACUGAGAAGGUCAUGGAUAACUCUAGUCCAAGAACUGAAGCGCCAGCAAUGGAGCCCAGCGCCAAGCUGUUUUGCUGUGGUUUUAUAAGGCGUUGCAUACCUCUGGUCUAUAGAGAAGAACUGUACCACAUCAUGCGCAUGACUGGACCCCUGCUUGUAUGUCGGUUCUUGAAUUUCCUCCUUUUCUUUGUGGUGACAAUGUUUUGUGGACGCCUGGGGAACACGGUGCUAGCGGGCUAUGCCAUGGCUUCGGCUACGAUCAAUGUAACAGCUGCGGCAACGGGGUUAGGACUAGUUUUGGCCUGCGACACAUUGGUAUCACAGACGUUUGGAAGUAAGAAUCUUCUCCGUGUAGGUGUCAUCCUACAAAGAGGCAUCUUGAUUCUGACGCUCUUCAGUCUGCCCUGCUGGGCUUUGUUGGUGAACACACAGCCCCUCCUCCUCCUGUUGGGGCAAGACCCCGAGGUGGCCAGGAUAGCUCAGAUUUAUGUGGUUAUGUUUCUGCCAGCGAUUCCGGCCAUGUUUCUGUAUCAUCUGCAGCUGUCAUAUCUUCAGAACCAGGGUGUGAUCAAGCCUCAGAUGUAUGCAGCUGUAGUAAUAAAUAUUGUAAAUGCGUUGGUAAACUACAUCUUGCUGUACUGGUGGGAAUUUGGAGUUUAUGGGUCUGCCGCAGCAAACACCUUCGCUCAGGUUUUCAGCUGCUUUUGUCUGUUUUGUUUCAUUCGCUGUCAGAAGCUACAUGAGAAAACAUGGGGAGGAUGGUCAUCUGAAGCCCUGCAGGAUUGGGGGUCCUACAUGAAGCUGGCCAUACCCAGCACGCUCAUGACCUGUUUUGAAUGGUGGAUCUAUGAGGUUGGAGGUUUUUUAGCAGGAAUGCUGAGCGAAGAGGACCUGGGUGCUCAGCAUGUGGUUAUAAUGCUGGCGUACAUCAACUACAUGAUCCCAUUAGGAAUGCAGGGUGCAGCGUGUAUUCGUGUGGGAAACGCACUCGGUGCUGGGGAAACAGCUGCAGCUAUCCUCACCAGCAAAGUAUCUUUAAUCUGUGCAGCUUUACUGGCAAUCUUUCAAGGUCUUAUUUUGGCCUCAACAAAAACAGUGAUUGGUUAUAUGUUCACAUCAGAUGAGACCAUAGUGGAACUAGUGUCUGAGCUACUGAACAUCUACUGCCCUCUUCAGUUUUUUAAUGGACUGUUGUGUGUUGCCAUGGGCAUACUAAUCGGCACAGGACAGCAGAAAAUAGCGGCUAUUGCUAACCUAUUUGGUUACUAUUGCAUUGGACUCCCAUCAAGCUUUGUUCUGAUGUUCACCGCAAACUUAAAAGUUGCUGGCUUUUGGUUGGGUCUCUUCAUUGCUGUGUUUUUGCUAGCAAUUGUUUUCAUAGUGGCCAUCUUCAAAUUAGACUGGAAGAAAAUGACAGAGGAGGCAGUUAAGCGAACUGGAAAUAGUUCAAAUGGAGUAUUGACUCCCAACCCUGAGUUUGGCUUGAACCACCGCAACAGCUUCUACCAGGCGGUCCUGAAUGCAGAGAAUGGGAAUGGAUAUGUGGUGGUGAGCUCUCAAGAUCGAGAAGAGGAACCCACAAGUACUGUGAUAGAGGACGGGUCAAGAGAAAGUAAAGAGGAAGAGAAGGCCACAGAUCUGCUGUCAACGUCUCAGCUCAUCUUAAGAAGGGGUCUGACCACUCUGGCCACACUUCUCAUUCUGGCUGUAGGGGUUGUUGUUCAUCUCAAAGUGCCUCUUCCAGAAGUGUCUCAUUGGGCAAACUUUACUCUGGACUCAAACCUAACUACAGCCACCACACCCAUCUAUUCUACAAUUAUACUUUAAAACCAGGACCUCACUGUGAAUGUUUUAUAUCUUAGCAUUCUGUGCAGCAUUUUUAUUAUUGAAAUAAUGGUUACAUUUUACUGUGAUGGUCUGCUUCAGACAUGUAGGUGCAACAAAAGUACUCUCAUUAGGGUAUUAGUAGAGUAUUAGUAGACUGUUAAGGUUAGCAGAAUAAGUUGACAUACUUGCAAAGUUACUAGUAAUCAGUAGAAAGUCUAAUGGGACCAUCACGAAAAAGUGAUACUAAAGAAUAGCUUUCUGCCUUGGUUACCAAAUGUUUUGGUAUACCAUCAUGUCAUGGGAAAACAAGCAAGUAACCCCUCCAAACCCACUGUCACUUAAACGAAAGCAAGUCACACUAAAAUGUAUGAAUGAGAUUGUAUAAAUUCAUUCAAAUUAUAAUUUAGUUACAAAGUGCCAUGAGAUUAUGUUGAGUAUGGCAGGUAUAUUUAUGCACAUAUUAACAGGACCAAGUUUUACAUUUAUUUUCUUUAAAAGAAUAAACUGACCAGCUUUGCAGACAGUUUGUCAGCUCACCAGUGACACAGGUAGUUAAUCCUCUUGAGUGACAUUUUUUGUCAUGCAGCUGCUGGAGAAAACUGCCAAGAAUGAGACAUUUUACAAAAACUGCUGUCAUACUGAAAGACAUGCAGUAGUGCCAUAGCCAUUCAAACUGACACAGGGCCACUCAGAUUUCUGAGCCAAGUGGACUUUGGAAAAUAAUUAUAUCCUUAAUAAAGGUUUUUUUUUGCACAAUUGUUGUAGGCUGAAAGUCUUCUCACAUUAAAACGUUGUGGCAGAAAUGCAGACUCUCCAAUCGAGUUGCACUAUUUUAAAAACGUAUGCAUCUGCUGAACCUAAAUGUCGCACCCAAUAUGACUUACAAUAUGACUUAUAUCCUGUGUUUAAUUGACAUAACCAUCCUAUACAUUAUAUAAA